GUCCCGCAUCUCUCCGUUACAAAGAACAUACUGGCAUCCUCAAGACUAUCCCAACUAUCCCUCCACCUCCGUCCAAUGUCCUCCUCCUCAGCAUCGAACGGCUCCAAGGUCAUCUCACGGACGACGAUGUCCACCGAAGAUGCAAAAUGGACCACCCUCAAAAAACUCAAAUGGGUCGACGCGAAAGGAAAAGAACGGGCCUGGGAAUCCGCCGAACGGUCAACCCGGAAAUCCUCCGGUGUCGACGCGGUGGCAAUCAUGGCUAUCAUCCGCCGCCCCGGCGAGCCCGAUGGCUUACUACUCGGAAAACAGUACCGGCCACCGACGGAGAAGAUUUGUAUUGAGGCUCCGGCGGGGUUGGUUGAUGAGGGCGAAUCGCCCGAGGAAACGGCGAUUAGGGAGUUGAAAGAGGAGACGGGCUACAUUGGUACUGUGAGGGAGAGUAGUUGUUUGAUAUUCAAUGAUCCAGGCUUCACAAACACCAACAUGAAACUGGUAUUCGUCGAUAUCGACAUGUCCGACCCCCGAAACAAAAACCCUCAGCCGGAGCUCGAGGAAGGUGAAAUCAUUGAGACAUUUACGCUUCCUCUUGAUAACCUUUAUGAGGAGUUGAAGAGGUUGGAGAGUGAGGGGUUUGGUGUUGAUGCGAGAUUGGGAUCGUGGGCGUUGGGGUUGAAGGCUGCUCAGGAGUUUGUUAAGUUGAAGGGUGCCUUGUGAGAAUGCGGUCGAACAUGAAGAGGGCGGUGAUGUCUAUACAAGUAGCGUUGACGACAACUGACAUCAGAGGUAUUAUGCUAUACGUUUGGAGUGUAAGAUAGAGUGAAUAUGACAAGGGUCACGAAGAUGUUAGACAGUCUUAUACACCGUCCUCCCUCC